AAAAAAAACCCUAACUUGAGAACGAUUUACUUAUAAAUUAAAUCUCACAACAGACAUUUCUAAAACUCAGGUGUUCGCCUAGGGUUUCUUUAGGGUUUCCUUCCUUCCAUGGGAAAAGGAACAGGUAGUUUUGGUAAGAGAAGGAACAAAACACACACACUGUGUGUGAGAUGUGGGCGGCGGAGCUUCCACCUGCAGAAGAGUCGUUGUGCUUCAUGUGGUUACCCUGCAGCUCGUCUUCGGAAAUAUAAUUGGAGCAUCAAGGCAAUUCGAAGAAAGACCACUGGAACAGGCCGUAUGAGGUACCUACGUCAUGUUGCUGUUAGGUUCAAAAGUAACUUCAGAGAAGGUACUGUAGCAGCACCAAGAAAGAAGGUAGCAGCUGAUGCAGCAUCAUAAACCUGAAAGGCUGUUGCAGUUUUGUUUAGUUUCACUCGUCUUUCUGAGGAUCAAUGUAGGUCAUUUUGAAUCUUCUGGCUGUUGCUAUCUGUUGUAAACAUUAACAAAUUCAAUCAUAUGUACAGAAUCACUGAUUAGGGAUGGCUUUUACAGGAAUGCAGAUAAAAGAAAUGUUCUUUUAAUUGGUUUUAA